AAAUAGAAUAUUGAAAAUAAGUAAAAAAAUAAAUAAAGUGAAUCCUUCAGCCUGGAAGUUAUAUGAAGAAUAUUUUGCAGGCAACAAUAUUUUGAAUAGUGUUAAUGAAUUAACUCGGAUAUAGUCUUUUUAAGACAAUAAAAUGGUACUGCGUUCGGGUAUAAUAAUUCCUUUUCAAUUUCGUGACAGUAAGAAACUUCUAAUGAUUGGAGUGCCUGAAGAGAACCGCAAUUUGAACAUCUGGGACUUGAGAAAUGUUGUGAGAGCUGCUUUUGGAAUUUAUAACUUUGAGUUUCGAAAUAAAAAGAUUGGAUUCAACAUACCGGAUGAGCUGCUUUUGCAUUAUUUGGCGCAACGCCAUGAUCUAACCAAUUUCGUUAUAGAAAUUGGACAAGUUUAUGAUCCUUGCAAAGAAAACUUCACUACAAUUGGUACUUGUUCAACAUGCCGUUGUUCAGCGACACAAAAGUCGUCUUUGGAAUUACAUGAUAACGCAGACACUCCCAUUUACCAUACAACGGUUGGUGGUCGUUCUAAUGCCAGCGGAACAAGUUCACAAAACUCGCAGAAUGCUGAUGAAAUCCCCACAAUGAAAAUUCGGAUGCAGCAUUCAAAUAUACCCGCUGGUGAAAUAAGUCAUAUGGAAAUAGAGCCGAAAAUUGACUACGACUCGACAAUUAAUACGACUGGUUCCAACACUGAGGUGGACGGCUCUUCACCUCCCCCGUUACCGGUCCACCCAAAAUCUAGUGUCUAUAUUGAUGAAGAACAUCAUCAACAGCAGCAACAAGAACUACACUUGGAGCGUUUACAACAUGAAUAUGCAUUGCAACACCACCAACAACAACAACAUUUCGAGGCUUUGAUGCAAGAAAAUACUACUGGAAAUAGCUUUAGGCAACGAAAGGAGCGUAUGUCGAAAAAACAAAAAGAAAUAUACGUUAACUUUAUGGAGCAAAAUCCCGUCAUAAACGAACACCGCCGUAGUGAUCCUAUUUUGGAUCAUUAUUGGGUAAAAUUAGCAGAUAUUCUCAACACAGUGCCACAAGGGGCAGUAAAACAUGUAGCAGAAUGGAAACAGACUUUCGAUAACUGGCGUUAUCGUGUGUUUUUGUACGCUCGAUACAAUUCAAAAAUCACAGGUACGGAUGCCUUAAACCCAAAAAGCUUCAAGCCCUUCACACAAACAGAUAAGCGCGCUUAUCACUUUUGGAUAAGAAACCCUGAUACGGCACCACCUGAUUUGGAAAAAAUGCGAAAUGUGUUCGUGAAUCUAGAGGACACUCAACAAGAAUAGUUAGGUAGCACUAUAAAUAAACUAUAGAAUUGCUAGCAUAAUUGAUAAUCCUAUUUUUUAAUAAAAUUUAUAAUUUUUGUCAUAGAAAUAUAGCAAUCAUAUGUAUAUGUAUAUAAGUUCAUUGUGUAAUAGCUUAACGACAAUAUCAAUACACAUAUAAAUGAAAACGUGUUGAGUAUUAAAUUUCUAAACAAAAUAUACUAAUUUUAAACACGAGCACGAUACUGCCUUGGAUCACUACAAAAAUGAAAAACUGAGAAAUUUCAUAUUGCUUAACCUUAAUUGACUCAAUUUAGGGCCGUUUUCUUAUUGCCCGGUUAGCAGUCAUCUGUCAAUUAGUACUACACAAUACUUUCUUAAGUCAGUGUGUUUAGAAAGUUAUACUCGUAUCGGUUGUAAGGAAACACUCUGUACUUUAAAACGGUAAAUCAAUGAAAUACUUGUUAUAUUUAUGUUAGUGUUUUCGUUGCUUUAUUCAUUUAUAGUAUUCACAUUCUCACCUAGUUACAGUAACGAGUUUAUGUAAUAAUCUUUUACUCGGCAACACAACUUUAUAACAUCUCAAUAAUAGUAAUAGUAACUUUUAUAACUAAUCAGGUUGAUUUAUUUAUUCCUUCCUUUUAUAUGGUUUACCAUGUAUAUAUGUAUUUCUUUACUUUUUAUUUUAUUUACAAUCUUAACUGACAUUUUAUUGUUCAAUAUAAAAUCUUAAAUACCUUUACGUACCUUCCAUAUUUUAAUGGCAAUUUCUGGAUUUGAUUCGCGUAUAUUUUCUACAUUUUAACAUCUAAAAGCAAUUAUAAUAAACUAAAAUUUAAUUAAAAAUUGUGCACCUGAACUCCCACGAACAAUUUAAGUUAAUUUAGCUUAUUUCGUACCUACGGUUAUCUUUUGAGGCACAGCCAUUUAACCUCUAAUUAUUAUUUACUUAUUUUCUAGGAUUUCACAUAAAUUGUUCAAUGAACUCAAGCCGUAGUUAUUAUAAAGUGCUAUGAACGAUUGAAUUGAUGAUUGCAACUACCAUUGCCGAUUAAUUUGCAUGCCCAUUACUUUAACUCGUAUAUAAUUUUCUUUCCGAAACAUAAUUUGUGCUUAAAAAUAUCAUCAGAAAAAUACGGUAAAAUCAUGGUUGCCCAACAAAAUCAACUUAAUGAGACAUAUGACAAUAACAUUAACACUUAGCACUAAACUAACGGCAAUAAUAAAUAUGCCAUUGUACUUUUAUGCUACAGCCGAACUAGCAGAG